AGGCACAUAAUCCCGUUCCCCUCCCAACAUCCUCACGAUUCUCCAAUCCGCUCUCACUCGUUCUCUUUCCCGCUCCAGUGUGCUCGUUGAUGCCGCAGCUCCAAUAGCCGCUCUCAUUCUGAUAUAAACACACAGCACAGUCAUGGCGACAAUGACAGUUCAACCGAUCACCCUGGAGCGAGAUGUUGCCAGAGCAAUUGAGCUGCUGGAAAAAUUACAGGAGUCAGGCGAUGUCCCAGGUCACAAGCUGCAGUCCCUGAAGAAGGUUCUACAGAGUGAGUUCUGCACAGCCAUUAGAGAGGUCUAUCAAUAUAUGCAUGAAACGAUAACGGUGAAUGGCUGUCCGGAGUAUCAAGCACGUGCCACGGCUAAGGCCACAGUGGCAGCGUUUGCAGCCAGCGAGGGUCAUUCUCACCCAAGAGUGGUGGAGUUGCCCAAGACAGAUGAGGGGCUGGGAUUCAAUGUGAUGGGUGGAAAAGAGCAGAACUCUCCAAUCUACAUUUCCCGCAUCAUCCCUGGGGGCGUGGCCGAGAGGCAGGGUGGCCUAAAGAGAGGUGAUCAGCUCCUGUCCGUCAACGGAGUGAGUGUGGAGGGCGAACACCAUGAGAAGGCAGUGGAAUUGCUGAAAGCAGCUAAGGACAGUGUCAAACUGGUGGUGCGCUACACCCCUAAAGUCCUGGAGGAGAUGGAGGCACGGUUUGAGAAGCUGCGCACUGCCCGCAGACGGCAACAACAGCAGCUCCUCAUACAGCAACAGCAGCAACAGAACCUGGCCUCUCAGCAGAACCACAUGUCGUAGGCUGUUCCAAAAGAAGUAGUAGAGGACACCGAGUGUGAGCUACUCGAUAUCACAUUCACAGUGAUGUAAGGAGGUCCAAGAGAUCGGAAGAGGACCCUUACUGUUCCGCAGUAAAGACUGUCCUCUUUCAGUGUACUACCUACCCAAAAAGGUCGAAAACUCCAUGAUAGGUGUCCCAAAUUGGUUCUUGGAAUAAUGUACAUGAUGGCAGAGAGGAGGCGAGCACUGAGUACACGGUUCUGCAGUUAUUGUUCAUAUUUCAGUUGUCUGGAACUAGUCGCAAGUUGAGUCCCUCUUGUAGUUUUGUGAAAACGUGUUUUCUUGACAUAUAUUUGUAAUGCAUUUGACUUUGUUUUUAUCAAUGUUAUAUUUUCGUUGUCAUUGCUUUGUAUAGUAACCUUUUGAGGGAUUCUUUUGGUGCUCGUGUCUGUGAAUAGAUGACCUUGAAUGAAUAACUUUAAGGUAUUUAAUGCCCAGUGGUGAAUUCUCAGGGCCAGCAAAGCCUUCUCUGCUGGCCUAACAUGCCAAAUAAAUAAAUAUUUUUCAUCCUUUCAUUAUCAAUCACCUUUUUGCCUAUGUAUUUUUAAUCGCUUUCCACUCUAAAUUAAUCUACCAACAAAUAGAGAAAAAUGUAAUGUUUAUCCAGUCAGAAUUUAUUCUGUGAUGCUUACAAGCAAAGUGUGACAACUGUUUCACAAAUCACAUGCCUGAAGCAGCGCGUGAGUUUGAGCUCCACCCCGUCAGGCCUUCAGAAUUUCCACAGAAUCCCUCAACAGUGCAAAUGAAUGAGCAACUAAAGUCAGAUUGUCAGAUUCAUCAGCCAAUCAGAUUGAUUUAUUUGUUCUUGGUGGGUGUGAUCUUUAGGAUAUGUUCUGGUUGAGGCCUCCUAGCUGGCCUUGAGUGACGCAAUCACGCUUUAAAUGAUGCACAUAAUUCAAGAGUGAAAAGCACGAGAUCUUGCUGACGAGUCGGCUGUCAUCACUGCUGGUAUUGCCGUUGAGAAAGAGAUCCUUAUGGAUUUAAAAACACAAGAUAUUUUGAAUGACCGUGCGAUUGCUUAAUUUAUUCAACAGGAAAGGAGGACUGAUUUUCACGUCAAGUAAAUUGGUAUACAAAGUAACUGAUAAACAUUCACUUUAUUCAUUAAUAUCGAUAAAUGAGUUUAUUUCCACAUUACACGAUAUUAAAGCUUGUUUAACAGGUGUAUAAAACAUUAUAAUCUCUUUUGAUAAUCGCACUUCUGAAGCACAAAUACUAGCGCUGCAGCAUUGUUUAUCAGUUGGGUUGCUAGGAGACCACUCUAAUGAGAGUCAAACAACUGCUAAGCUAACGUUAGCAUUGCAGUUCCGAAUAUCGAGGAAUGGAAUGCAGAUAUCAAGUAGGAAUAUCCCACAUCCAACUUGAAUGGAACGCAGCAUAACCGUGAACCCUGAGUAAACAAAAUUUAUUGCAAGCAACAUUUAAAUCGCAAAUAUUAUUAGAACUAUUUUUCCAGGUAUUAUAGACCUCCUUGGUAGAUUCAUUUGAAAAGUUAGGAUUUUUGAAUGUCUGUUCGAGAGACGUUCAUUUCACUAAACAGUCAUGCUGCAGUUAAAAUUAGGCUUGCUUGUGCAUUAAGCGUCAUUUCUAGUUCUGGCUUUCGUGCGUGGACGUGUUUUUAAAAUGUCAAUUGGUAUUAUUAGUUAGCUGCGACAUAAUGUUUGAUGCCCAAAGGCAUAGGUGUCUUAUUCAUUGUGAAACUGUUUUCUUAAUGCAGUGAAUCACACCGAAGGCCUAGACUUUAAAUGCUCAGCCCGCCACUGUUUAUACCAUAUUGUAGCAAGAAAUAUUGUGACAAGAAAUUAGAUUUAGCAAUAACACACUUGUUUUGUCAUUCUAUUGUCAAAUAAUGGGUAAAAAAAAAACAAAUGUGUGAUGAUAAAGUUAUUACUAAACUGUAUCUUAUGAACCAUGUGACAUAAGUCUCACAAAAUCAUGAACAUCAUUUGCACAGAAUGUUUUUGUUAGAUCACUGUAUCACCUGUGUCGUUGACAGAGAUUAUUUUGUGCAUUUGGCAUAAGUAUGACGGGUAUAUUUGAAGGGUCAUUCAUCGAUGACAGUUUCAAUGCAGUUUUACGGUUGUGAUGUCACUAUUGAAAUUAAAAUCGAAUUCAGAAAGAUUCUAUUUUAGACAAUUUACUAUAUAUGAGGACAAAAAUAUUUCAAACAGAUACAUGAUCAACAAAUGAAGGAAAAUCACAACAUAGUUAUAUUUUUAAAGUUUAUCUCAGAAUUUUUAAAUAAUAUUAAUUUUCCUAUUCUGUAUUAUAUUUUACAGCAUUAUAUUUAUCUUAACCGACCACCUCAUUUACUGGAAACAUUGUUACAUUCUCCUGUUUUGACAAUCAAUUUAUGUCGUAAGCAUUAAUUUACUGCAUUAUUCUCUUUUAUUUCAUAAAAUUACAUUUAAUUGUACUAGAAGCAAAACUGUAAAUCGGCAAGUAGUUGAUGACCACCAGUAAUCAAAGGUAAUAUCGUAUAUGUGUUAUUGUAAUAUCAUUUUAUGUUUUUUCCUGCAAAGACUUUGGUAGAUACUUGAAUUGGUUCAUUUGAUGGUUGGUUUUUGAGUAACCUUUGAACUGUGGGUAACCUUUAAACGUUUCAUCCUAAUAGAAGAAACCACGCAAAGCUGUGAAAGUGAUUUGUUCCUUGACUCUCAAUUGAUUCAUUCAUUUCAACUGAUUCUCUUUCCUUUUAUAUGUUUACUUAACAGACUUUCGUAUUAAUAAGUUGCAUUUUUGAGGCUGGACAAGCUGAUCUUAUGACAGCAGGAAAAAAAUUAUCAAGUCAUAUGCAAUUGUUAUACAUAUUAUAUUUGUAUAAAUAAAUAUAUGUGCGUGU